AUGGAAUUAAAAUUUAUAUUUAUAUUUUUUUUAUUUUUUAUUCACAAUUUAAAGGCUUUUAUUUUAAACAAAAAAUUCAGAAAUCUUUGUACUAAAUACUCAUCAAAUAAAAAUAGGGUUAAACUAUCUUUAAAAAUAAAUGAUAUUAUUAAUUUUAAAAAUAAGAAAGAUUUAAAAAAAGACAUAAUAAAACAUUCAAAAAAGUUGUGUUUAGAUUUAAAUGAUGAACAAAUAAAAAUUAUAGAAAAUAAUUUAUAUGAAUUUUUUUAUUAUUUAAAAUUAAAAAAUAUAAAUAUAGAUGUAAAAAAAAGAAAAAGUAAAUAUUCAAAAUUGUUGCCUUUAUGUGUGAAAGAAAAAAGACAAAAAAAAUUCCACACAACAAAUCUGAAAAAAGAAAAUGAUUACUUUAUUGUUAAUUCUAAUAGUUUUUCUAACUGA